CUUCAGGCAUGGACUCAGCGAACAAUCUCAUCGACGGCGUAUCCACUACCUGAGAAAGCCGGGUUUCCAGUUACCAUUCUGUUGAAAUUUUUGCAGCACCUGUACUCCGCGACGGCGGCGAUAGCUGCUUCGCUGAACUUAACUGUACUUAAGGACCCCUCGGUCGUCUCUCACCCCUUGAGCAUCAUAAUGAGCGACUCUCAUGGCGCGGCCAUUUUCGCCCCAUCAAACAAGCUGGACCUUCAAGGUGUGGCUUCCCUCAUUCAGAAGGGCAAGGCGAAGCAGAUCCUGGUCAUGACCGGUGCCGGUACCUCGACCAGUGCUGGUAUCCCUGAUUUUCGAUCACCAGAUACUGGGCUAUAUGCCAAUCUACAAAAAUACAAUUUGCCGUAUCCAGAGGCGAUUUUCCAGCUAGACUUCUUCCACGAGAAACCAGAACCCUUUUUUACUUUGGCCAAGGAGCUUUUUCCGGGCAACUAUAAGCCAACCCUGACGCAUGUCUUCUUCCGGCUUUUGCACGAGAAGCAGAAACUUCUGCGUGUCUUUACGCAGAAUAUUGAUACCUUGGAAAGAGCAGCAGGUCUACCAGACGAAGCGAUCGUCGAGGCGCACGGUUCAUUCGCCUCGUCAAAGUGCACUAAGUGCAAGACAGCUGUGUCAACCGAGGACAUGCGGGCGUCUAUUAUGAAAGGAAAGGUAGUCAGAUGCGAAGACGCGAUAUGCAAGAAGAAAACUGCAGGAAAAGGAGGACUAGUGAAACCGGACAUAGUAUUCUUCGGCGAGGGUUUGCCGGACCGCUUUUUCCAGAGGCUCUCGGACUUUCAAAAAGCGGACUUGCUUCUUGUGCUCGGUACUUCCCUUCAAGUGCAACCAUUUGCCUCCCUCAUCGACAAAGUCCCCGACGAGUGUCCGCGCAUGCUCAUCAAUCUCGAGCGGGUUGGCGAGUUGGCAAAUCUUAGCGACAUGGACGGGUUCACGGGCAGAUAUAAUAUCGGUGGGUUCGACUUUGAAGGCCAUUCAAGAGGCGGAAAACAGAAUGCGCGUGACGUCCUGUACGAGGGAAAGUGCGAUGACGGCGUGCUGGAGCUUGCCAUGGCCUGCGGCUGGGAAGUUGAGCUACUCAAGCUGCGCGACGAGGUCUGGGAGCAGUGGGAGCGCAAGUACAAGAAAGCCCCAUCAACGCCUUCGAGCACCGCUGCCGUAUCACAGGCGGAGAAGAAGGCGGAUUCGGCUUCUGACGGGCCAGCAAAGACGGACGGUGCAAGCAAGCCAACGUUAGAAAAGCCACCAUUGUCGUUUGCAGAACAGACGGCAAACGAUCUCGCGUCAGACCUAGCAGAAAAGAUGGGUAAUUUGAAGAUGAAGGAGGGCCAGGCAUAGGGAUCAUCUGAUACGAAAAGUGAGAUGGGCCAUACGCAGGAUGGGCCUAUAUAGACCUAACGCAGGACGCUGGGACUAUGCGAGGUAGCGUAUAGUAAUAGUAAAGCAAAAGUGACAGGCAUCGGUCCAAGGUGUCCAAACUAGACAAUCACUC